UACUGUUUGUGACUGAAAGAAUGGGAAUAAAUUAUCACAGAAAAGCAGCACAAUAGGCAGUUAAAUAUUCUUCCUGAUAAGAAACUUCAGUGGCUGUUUGGAAUCUGCAGUUCUUUAUCAUAGGACUUUAACUCAUCUUGCUCUUGAAAUACUUCUUCUGCACCAGUUCUGCGGAAUCUGGACUAGAAGUUUUGAAAGACUCCUACUGCUAGACUUUGCAUCCUAUAGAUCUAAGUAAAAGGACCUAGUAAAAACAAAGGACAACAUCUAGAAAAGAGAACUUUAAACACAGUAUUUGGACCAAUGACAGUGUUCUCCCUCUGGCUUCCUAUGUCCUAUUACCAGGAGGAUUUCUUCAAAGAGUACCUCAAGAUGAUGGCGAAUAUUAUUGUCCUGAACUUGCUGAUUUGUAUUUCUCUGGCGUUCUGGAUCGUGUCCAUGACUGCAAGUACGUACUACGGUACUUGGCGACCCAUUUCUCCAUGGCGCUGGCUUUUUUCUGUCUUGGUUCCACUAGUGAUUGCUACACAGGGUUUUAAGAAGAGGAGUCUUGAUCAUAGUGGUGCAUUGGGAGGAUUGGUAGUUGGAUUUAUCCUUGCAGUUGCGAAUUACAGUUUCUUCACUUCUUUGUUUGUGUUUUUUGUUACUUCUUCAAAACUUACUACAUGGAAAAAAGAUACAAAGAAGCAAAUAGAUUCAGAAUACAAAGAAGGUGGACAGAGGAAUUGGAUGCAAGUAUUCUGUAACGGUGGUGUUCCUACCGAGCUGGCUGUCUUAUAUAUGAUAGAAAAUGGACCGGGUGAAAUUCCUAUCGACUUUUCAAAGCAGUACACAGCAUCAUGGAUGUGCUUAUCCCUUUUGGGAGCUUUGGCAUGCUCUGCUGGUGACACAUGGGCUUCAGAGAUUGGUAGUGUUAUGAGUAAAAGCAAGCCAAGGUUGAUAACAACCUGGGAGAAGGUUCCAGUAGGUACUAAUGGAGCAGUUACUUUAGUGGGCCUGCUCUCAAGUUUGCUUGGGGGCAUGGCAGUAGGUAUGGCCUACUUCGUAACACAACUCAUUUUCGUGACUGAUCUGGAAAUAUCUGCUCCACAAUGGCCCAUUGUUGUUUUUGGUGCAGCAGCUGGCUUACUGGGAUCAGUUGUUGAUUCAUAUUUGGGAGCUACGAUGCAAUACAGUGGUUUUGACCAGAAUAUUGGCAUGGUUGUCAGCCACCAAACAAAAGACUCCAAGCACAUAUCUGGAAAACCUAUAUUAGACAACAACACAGUAAAUCUUUUUUCUUCUAUAAUCAUUGCUUUGGUGCUUCCAGGCGUGGCGUGGUUUUUCUGGCCCAGGGGUUGACAUGGUUUAAGGUUUUCUGCAUGUGAUCCAUUUAUGUUCAGUCUUACUCAAAGACUCCAAAGACUUCUCGUCAAACUCUCUUGAAAAGAGGGAUCUGAAACUUUGAGAGAGCCAAAGGACUUUGCAUCUCAACUUACUAAGGUGUACGCUUCAUAUGGCAAUUGGCAUCUCUCGGGGCAGGGAAGGGGUUUGGUCAAUAUGCUCUUGCUGCUCUUCGAGUGGAUGCAGAUCACUGCCAAGUGAGGUGAAGCACUUCAUUUAUCCUCAUGGAGCUGAAGGGUUGGUGUCAUGUUCUCGCCUGUCCCCAGCAUCUGCAAGAAGCUGGAAAUAGAAGUCAGACACAAAGUACACUGCAAUUCCGUGUAGGCAGUGAUAACAUGGGUGAAAUGGGUGAAUUCUGGUGUUUCUCAUAAUCUACAGUAUGUAAGGUUUUAUGGAAAUAUUUUUUGGGGGUGGGGGAAGAGAGGAGUAAGCCUUGUUGCCUAUUCUGUACCCUGAUACUAUCUCCAAUUCCCUGAGAAUAGGGUUGGUAAAAGUGAUGACAAUACAUAAUGCUUGAAGCAAAAGACUAAAUUUAAAAUAAAAAAUCACUAGUUUUUCCAGUAAGAAUAAUAAAUUUGUCUGUGCUUUUCUGACAUCUUUAUUUCAAAACUAAUGAUACUUAUGAAGAUUGUCAAUACUGUGGUACUUAUUAAAUUAUCUAAAAUUAAAGAUUACAGUUGUGAGUUCACAUUCAUCUCUUUAGAAGUAGAGCAUUUUUCUUCCAUAAGCAUACAAUUGCUCCAUAAUAUUUAGCGUUCUGACCAAACUAUACUCUUUGGUUCUUUCUCAGCAGUGGAAGUGUUUUCUAUUUUGUUAGGGGUUGCUAUUCAGAGAUGAUGGCCUCAGCCAAAGAAGCUACAGAGGUUAUCCUCAUAGUGAAUGGGGAAAGUCUCACUUAUAAACCAUUUAAAAAUGGGAAUUUAACUUUUGGUGCUCAGGCUCCUAUGUUAGGUAAUUCCAUCUUCCUUCGUUAAUUUAUAAAGUAAUUUAGCCAGCAAAGAUUUUUAUUUAAACUUUAGAGAUACCCUCAUAAAAACCUGUCACUGUCAACAUCCAGAAGGUAGGGCCCAUUCUGUUAACUUAUAAAAAGCUUUUUUUUUUUUUUUUUCAUCUGUAGAGAUAGUUGAGUAUUUUGUAGUAAACAUCUGGGUUUUUUACAAAUGUCUUGUGUAUAUUGCCUGUCUUAAUUCGCUUGUGUUUUAUGUCACCUUUUAUGGGACUAUUCAAAAGUUUGAACACCUUUCAUGUUGAGUUUACCCUUCUGAAUUUAUCACUGGAACUAGUUCACUGUAUUAUCCAAUUACAAAGCUGAGAUUUCAAACUAGUAAAAGCUUUCUGAAAAGAACAAAUUGUGUAGCUGCUCUAUGUCUGUUCUUGUGAAGAGGAACAAAAUUAUAAAAGGAAUAUAUGCACUUAAACUGUAACAAUAAACACUUGAGAUUUUUAUGCAUUGUUUGGAUUUAUGCGGCUUCUAAAUAAACACUGGAUUAGUUGUCUUUUAA